UUUGAAAAUAAGGACCUGCAAGUAUUCUGUAAAUGAAACAUUACUGGUGGUUUACAGCUUGAACAUAAACAUAUAGUGAGAAGGUGAGUGAAAGGAAGCUGGGAGAUGUUGCCAUCUGUGCUUGAGGAUGAUGGUGAUGAAGAAGUUGAAGAGCCGUUGGGAGGAAUCAGGUCCAGACCACCCAGCAGACCUAGAAAUAUCUACAGCCGAGGAAGUGUGGACAGCCAGAUAGUAACUAGACCUGGUGUUCGAGAGCAGGGACCAAAGAAGAGCACUGAAGGCGGUGGUGAGAAGAAUGAGAAGCAGGACGAGGGUGUUGGAAGCACCGAUGUGUUUGACAGACGUGAUGAAGAUAGAGAAAGUGGCCCUGUGGAUGAGGACUAUGACACAGAGCUGGAGCCUGAAGAUGAGAAAGAGCAAUAUGACCCAACAGGUCUGGCGCGGUACAGAGAGGCUUGUCGAGCUCUCAACGUGGUUCCUGCCUCGUACUUCAUCAGGAACGUUCACAGCACUGAACUGAGCAUGGUGCACCACGGGCUCGGCCCUCAGGGUACCAAAGCCCUGGCAGUUCCCUUGGUAACUAACACCUCCAUUCUGAGGCUAAAUCUGCGAGAUAAUUGGAUGGAGGGAGGAGGCGGGGUCGCUGUGGCUGACAUGCUUAAGGAGAACUGCUACAUUACAGAAAUAGACCUCUCUGAGAAUGGACUCGGGGAGAGCGGGGUAAAGGCUCUGGCCAGCAUGCUGCUGGAGAACACGACCCUCGUCUCCCUUAACCUGUCUGGGAACCAACUGGACGAGCGGGCAGCUAAACAUCUGGCUCAGGCGCUGAGUACCAAUCAGAACCUGCAGCACCUGGAUCUGAGUCAGAACCGACUGGGAGAUGCAGCAGGUGAACUUCUGGGUGCAGCUCUGGCUGAGAACACAGGAAUGAAGUCACUCAAUCUGGCCUGGAACUGCAUUCGAGGAAAGGGAGCCGUCGCUUUAGCUCAAGGACUCGGGGCCAACAUAUUUUUACAAAAAGUUUAUCUAUCUUAUAACGGACUGGGCAAAGACGGCGCAGCAGCUCUGGGUGAUGCGCUUAAAGAGAACAACACAAUGGAGGAGCUGGAUAUCAGUAUCAAUCAAAUCCCCCCUGAAGGUGCAGUUCACUUAGCCGUGGGUCUCAAAGUGAACAAAACCAUCCGGAUCCUGAAGAUGAGCCGCAAUCCUAUUCAGACUGCUGGAUGUUUUGCUGUGCUCAAGGCCGUACAAGGAAAUCAAUCGUCUGCGAUGGAGUAUCUGGAUUUUUCAGAAAUCAGCGUGGAUCAGGAGUUUGAGGACUUGUUCAACUCCAUCAAAGAAACAAUUCCAAACUUCCAAGUAAAACAUGGAGGCAAAAUCAGGACUCUUAAAACUGAUAUUAAUCAUGCAGGUUAAUGAUUGUUAGCAUUAUUAAACCAUUUGUGUGAUUACGUGUAUUUGGAGGUAUAAUGAUAAUUAGUUCUCAUUAG